AUGAUGAAGCCUGAGUUCUCUUACUUUUCUGGAUUGUGUGUGUACUUUCUUUUUCUGCAAGUAACAAUUUCUUUAGAGAAAUGGAUGGUAACUACUCCCACAAGACACAUAUUAGCUAGAGUAGGAGGCCAGGCUGAGCUCAGCUGUCAGGUGAUCCCACCACAGAGUGUGGGGCAUAUGGAGGUGCGUUGGUUCAGGAGUGGCCAUUCCCAACCUGUUUACCUAUACAGAGGUGGCCAUAGCAUGAGUGGAGAAGCUGCUCCUGAAUAUGCAAAUCGUACACAGUUUAUGAAGGAGGCCAUUGGAGAAGGCAAAGUGACCCUCCGAAUUCAUAAUAUCAGCAUUUUGGAUGAUGGACCUUAUCGAUGUUCAUUUAAUGAUAGUGGUUUCAUUGAUGUGGCCAGCAUGAACCUCAAUGUGACAGCAGUUGGAUUGGAGACAGAGAUCCAUGUUCAGGCUCCUGAUGCUGAUGGAGUCAUAGUGGAGUGUAAUUCAAGAGGGUGGUUCCCAAAACCCCAAAUGGAGUGGAGAGAUAGUAAUGGGGAAACACUUCGACACUCAAUGAAAUCAUAUUCACAGGAUGAAGCCAGAUUUUUCCACAUGAAGAUGGCUCUUCUCACAAACAGGUUACAGGGCAACAUCAUUUGCUGUAUUUUUAACCCUGUAACAGGUGAAGAGAAGCAAACAAAUAUCAUCCUAGCAAAUGAACUCUUUUAUGAAGACCAUAUUUGGAUGAAAAUUUUAGUUAUCAUUGCAUGCAUAAUACUCUUCAUCAUCAGCUUUCUUCUACUCAUCAGCUGUUUUUGCAGAAGACAAGGAUGUGCAUCUGGAUACCUGUCUAAAUGUUUUUGUGUGUUCAACUCAUGGCCGGUUCAAAUACUGAAUUUCUUAUUCUGUACUGGACUACUCUUUGGUAUAUACUUACCUCACCGGUCCAGAGUCUCUCUUUCAGAUCCCCAGUUUCCUUUAUACAACAAAUGGAUAAAGGACUUGCUAUUUGUGAUACUUUUUCUGACAGUAUUUUUUGUCUUACCAAUCAUUGCCUUAAUAUUAAGGCGACUUUCACCCACAUGUCUGAAUAAACAGUAG